AUCCGAGUGCUGGAGUUGCAGCCUGGCAAUGCAGGCGAACCUCUCCAUGCCCUACUACGUCCAGUCUCGAUCCACAAACCCCCGAGUUACAAUGCUAUCUCCUACGUAUGGGGCUCGUCAGAACGCUCGGCUUUGCUCCAUCUUCGACAAGGCACGCUGGCAAUUACUGCUUCGGCUGAGGUUGUGCUUCAGCAUCUUCGCAGGCCGAACCACAGCAUCGUGCUUUGGCUUGACGCAGUCUGCAUCAACCAGGAUGACACGGUCGAGCGUGGUGAGCAGGUGGCUAGGAUGGCGGACAUAUACCAUGGCGCUAAGGACGUCAUUGUGUGGCUAGGUGCUGCAGAGCCUGGUGAUCACCUGGCAUUCUGGACCGUUGAGUUGCUUGCUGAUUUCUACCUA